AUGCCCUUGUGCACUUUAUCGGCACACCCAUGUAGGCGGCGACCGACUCAGCUGGGCUGUGCAGGCCCUCUGCAGCGUAGUUUCUGCACGUUCACAGGCGUGCGGCAGCAACGAUCAUCAGCUUCACCACGAGGCUGUCGACACUCGAAGGCCAACGGUGCUGACACAGUAGCUGCAUUUUCGAAACAAAACCUCCUGUCACCAUUCGGACAUGCUCUACAGGGCUCAUCACGAGGUCCACAAGGCCUUUUUGCGGAGCCGCUCGACGCGUGGCUUUCCGUACUCGCGGACUCCGUUCCCUUUCACAACGACUGCCUCGUAAUUUGCCCGUCCACGGCAUCAAAGGCGCAGGUUCGGUGCAUCUGGGACCGCUGUCGACCACACAUUCCCGGUGCUCACAUCGGCACCCUGAUUCCACGCAAGUACAAGGCAGGCAGGGCAAUCACUGCGAACGCUGCCCAAACUCGGCUGUCGCCGCCGGGCAGCACCUCCGCAGGCCACCCGCUCGGUGUAGAACCAUCGAUGUCGACGGCGGCUGUGUCAUCCGUGCCGUGUAGCAGUGGUGGGGACUAUCUUACGAGCGCCUCUACAGCUCGGAUGCCUUCCCUGUAUUCCCCGCUCGAGCACGUUGCUCCGAGCUCUCUGGACCUUAUUGUGCUGGCCAGUAACGUGUUUGCCCGUGAGAUGCUUUUCGACGCCCCGUGGCACUUAUCCCUCGCGCACCGCACUCUGCGCCCGCACGGAGUCGUUGCCAUCCUCGGCCACGUCGCAGAGGCGGAGGUCGCUGCGCCGGAGUGGGCGGCGACAGAUACGAGCGAUUACAUCAAUAGUACACACCAGGAUGCGCGAGAAACACUGCAGCUGAGUGCCAUCACCGCUGCCAGAGGAUUAACCACCGAUGACAACUACGCGUGCCAUCUGCGUCGCGCUGUCGAGGUACAUGAGACACUGCGCUGCGGCCAUGCUGAUGUCUUUUUCCCUUUCCCUAGUGUACGCCGUCGCUGGUUUACAUCUGAGUACGCUCUUCAACCCGCCCAACUGGCGGCUCACUACCGCGCAGCCCCGCUGUAUCAAUCUCUCUACGGGCCGACGGGAUCCUUGUGGUGGAAUAAGAUGCGGUUCAAGGCAGACGCGCUACAGCGGCAGCGAAAGGAUGCUCUGCCGGCAGAUGGCAAUCAAGAGGAUUUUUUUGUCGAUGUUACAGGAACCCCCCUGGAUGGAGCUGCUAGCCUGGGCCAGGGUACCGAAAGUCCUCUGGAGGACCUUGUUGCAGCGUGGUCUCCGCUCGGCGUGCGGCGUCGCCGCGGUGUGGAAGAUCCGCUAG